AUGGAUAUCACAAAGAAAAACUUCAUUGAGCAGCUUCCCUCUAUACGAGAAGCAAUCCAAAAUGCGACGUUCUUCGCUGUCGAUUGCGAGUUUACUGGGCUUGCAUCCGACCGUACCAUAUUUCCGUUUGAUACCCCCGAGGAAGUAUACCUGAAAAUGGUCGAAAAUAGUCCUCAAUACAUCAUCGUACAGUUCGGGCUGUGUGCGUUUCGUGUCGAACCACCGGCCGAAACAGAGGAAAAUCAGGGAGAGCCUCGCAUCUCGUACAAGUGCUACAACUUUUACUGCUACCCCAAGGGUCGUGCAACCGUGUUUAGCUGCCAAGGAGAAAGCAUGCGGUUCUUAGCAGAUAAUGGGUUUGAUUUUAACAAAUUGUUCCGUGAGGGUCUCUCGUACGCAAAUGAACCCGACGAACAGCGUUACCGAGCAGACCUAAAGGAGCGGCAAGCUGCUCGCGCGGCCGCUAUACAAGCUGCCUCGGAAGAAAACCCUAAAAAUGAAGAUACCCCCGUAGAAGAUGUGCCGAAUGCGAAUACAAUACCGGUACCAGCGCAAAACCAACAACAGGUUGACAGUGCUGCCGCUAGUAUUGAAGCGUUUUUGCAAUCCGACGAACCGGAGCUUAUCGUUGGCAACUGCAAUCCUUUCCAGCGAAAACUGAUUUAUCAGAUGAUCGAACAGCGCUUCCAACGGAAAGUAACUACCUCGAGCGUGUCGCUGGAGAAUAACCAAAAGGGCAUUAAAGUGGAGCGAAAACGGUCGCCCGAGGAGGAAUUGGUAUUAGAUGAGCAACGGCGUGCACGCGAGAACGAGGAUCUCGAGACAAGUGUUGGACUGUCGCUAGUACUGCAGGAACUUUCUAAAUCCCGAAAGCUUAUUGUCGGCCACAAUAUGCUGUUGGAUUUUUUGUACGUGCUAAGACAAUUCUUCAAACCAUUACCAUUUGACUAUCAGGAGUUUAAGAAGCUAACAAAGCAAAUAUUUCCACUGCUUCUAGAUACGAAAUAUUUGUGUACCAACGCGGAAAUUAAGGAGCAUGUAAACUCGUCAGUUUUGGCUCACGUCUUUGAUGCUGUAAGCAAGGCGCCCUUCUCCAUUCCCACGGUUCAUCCUGAGCUGCCGGAGUAUCAAUACAACGUAGAAGUUGAGAAGAAGCACGAAGCCGGUUACGAUGCAUAUCUGACCGGUCUUUGCUUUUUAGGGCUUGUGAGUCGAUUUAAAGCAGACUUGCUACAACUCCCGAAAAACUCUACACUAAAGCCUUACAUGAACCGAAUUUUCAUCACUCGGUUGGUUGAUGUCAAUUACAUCAAUCUGAACGGAAAAGAACCUACUCAAUCACGUGAGCACAUCUUUUACGUUACAUUUCCGCAAAACUGGCGCACUAGUGACAUCAUGGGCAAGUUUAAACCCUUUGGUCUAGUGCACGUUAGCUGGUUGAAUGACACAUCUGCGUUCGUGUCCUUGCACAACCGAAUUGCGUCGAGCUCUGUGUUGAAAACGAUCGGAUACCACGCGGGAUUUAAAGUGUACAGCUUUGCUCAGUUUACGCAAAUGAAACUGCAACGAUCUGAUACUAAACGAGGACGAAUCGGUUCGAGUGGUUCUGGCGGAGCAAAUCAAGGAUCGAGUGGAUGCGGAGAAUCAGGAGUUGCAUCGAACGGGGAAGAAAAAGGAGAAAAAGAGGAACAAAAACUAGAGCGACUUGGCAAACGAAAGGGAACAGACGAUAAAAUGUCCACUGCAGGAGACGUGGAGGACGAUGCCGGAUGGCAAACGGUUAAGAAGGGCCGCAAGACGUUCGCCGAUAACAAUGAUUGGUGAGAAGGUUCAGUUCGGUUGAACUACGUCCGAUACCGAUGGCUAUAGCUGGUACGCCUAAUCGAGGUAAGAUUUAUUCCUGCAGAUACGUGGGAAUUAGACU